AGUUGAGAGAAACUACACCACGCGGAAGGGUUAAUAUGUAGUUAGCCGACACAUUAGAAAGAUAGCGUUCGUGUUUUUAUGCUGGCGAAACCCUCUCGCUACAGCACGGAUUUAGACUGGUAAAAUAUUCUGGAUUAUGUACACACUGGGGGAAUAUUUUCUCGCAACUGGGUUACUGCAAGUUUCAAGCGUGCUGGUAGUGUUGUGGCGAUGAUAGUACUAUGGUGUGUGUUAGCCUUGCUGUGCUGAUCACCUUUAGCGGCUGGUGUUAAUAAAACAGCGACUUGUUAACAACACAGGAAGUGUGUUAACAAUAGUGUGCUACAUUUGGGAAGUGAUUUCAAUAUUGUGAUGUGCUGAGACGUGCUAUCAGCACAGUGAUGUGCUUCACCGAGUUGUGCUGAAAAAAUUGUGAUGUGCUAUAUUGAGGGGUUCUAGCUAUACAGUGAUAUGCUACAUCGAAGUGAGCAAACAAUACAGUAAUGUGCUACACUGAGAUAACUGCAGGAUGUGAAAUACAGACUUUCUUAACUUGUGUACAAAUUAAAUUUUCUCGGAUUAAAAUUAAAACUUCGCACUGAAUUAUCUUGUUGCAGAGAGGACAUUUUAACGUUAAAGUGUGUUGGAUUAUAUAUGCUGUGUAACUCUGGAGUUCGGUUUUAUUAUUUAUUAUUUGGCAACUUUCUUUGAAUGAAAGAAUGUGAAACGUUUAUAACACGUGAAAAACAUCCUGUCUCCUACUGUUUUAGCAGUAGAAAGGUUAUGGCCCGUAGGCCAAAAUGGCUUAUUUCAGAAAUCCACAGAUUUGGUUUGAGCUCAAUAGCUUUCCUGGCAACAACUGUUCUAGUGUUUGAUAUAUUUUAUAUUCAACUUGCCUAUUGUGCGAACGUAAAGAAUAAAAGAAGCAUACUUGAACCGUACGCCAAAGUAAAUUUUUCAAGCUGGUACACCUGUCCAUCAGGCUGGGAAUUGUACAACAACAAUUGUUAUAAACUCAUUGUGCCAGCGCUAACGUGGAGCCAGUCACAAGCUGUGUGUGACAGCUUCGGUGGGGUUCUGGUGAAAAUUAACAGCUACACAGAACAACAAUGGAUCAAUUAUUUUGUUUCUCAACAUGAAGAAUCAUCCCCAGUAGAUGACAUAAGCACAUAUAAUGGAAUAUGGAUAGGGCUUGUUCAUUUUUCUAAUCAGUCUCUCCAGUGGUCUGAUGGAGAGGUGGCUGUUAAACAAGAUGGUUUCUGGACACUGGAUGGACUACAUAAUUCACUUGUUGAAACUUCAUCAAAGCUUUGCUGUGAUAUAAAAAAAGAAUCUUUUGAAAGUAAUGAUUUACGGUGGGAGUUGAAUGAUUGUGAGAAGAAAUUGUCUUCAUUAUGUGUGAUCAAACCAUGUGAAAAUAGUGCGCUCAGGUGUAAUAACAGCAACCAGUGUAUUAGCAAAAACUGGAUAUGCGAUGGUGUUCAGGACUGUAGUGACGGUUCAGAUGAACUGAGCUGCAGUAAUGGAAACUUGGUCUCAUCUCAGUCUUGUGGCGGUACACUUUGGGGACUCGCAGGAAGCUUACAGUCACCAAACUAUCCCAACCCAUAUCCGUCCUACUCUAACUGUACAUGGACUGUGAAAACAGAUCCCAUGUUAGCUAUACAGAUUCAUGUAUGGAAUCUUCACAUUGAAGACAAAUAUGAUACCAUACAUAUUUAUGAUGGCUCUGGAAUCAGUGAAAGAUCGCAGUUGGCUUUUUUUGACAAAAGUUCAUCACAUGAAAAUGUGAUGUCUUCAGGCAGCGUGGUGACAAUCAAUUUCCUGUCAGAUCAAUCAGUGCAGGCCACUGGAUUCAACAUAACAUGGACAACUGUCACCCUAGAAUCUGUGUCCUGCUACCACAAACUGCUGGCUGAAGAUAUAGAAAAGCAAGAAAAGUUCAAUGCUUCCAAAUCAAACUUAGCUAGAGGCCAAUUUUGUGAUUGGUUGAUCUCAGCACCUAAUUCAGAAGUUGUAUCAUUGAGGUUUAACCUUGUGAUUCUUGAAGCCAAUGAUACCAUCACAGUUUAUGAUGGGAUUGACAUGAACUCUCCCAUCAUCACCCACAUCAACUCCAGUCAUGGUGCUAUUGUUCCCAGUGAAUCUCAUUCCCUCAGCAGCUCUCCAGCAUUUCCAUCAAUCAACAUUCCACCUGUUAUUGUUUCUUCAGGGCAACUUGUACUUAUUCAUUUUUUUAAAGAUAAAUACACUAAUGGGCAAUUCAAUGUUUCAUAUGUUAAAGGUUGUGGUAUCGUCUUUCCGUAUAAUUCAAGUCUGAUCUUGUCACCUGGCUACACCAGCUCCCAGUACCCCAACAAUCUCAGGUGUGAGUGGAAGGUUUUAAAAGACUUGUCUCACACUGAACUCAGGUUUAUUAUUCUUCCACCUUUCUUCACAGAGGAGGGGAAAGAUGUAGUCACUCUACAGAACAGCACCUCCAUUCUUCUGAAUAUGUCAGGAUCUUUGUCUGAUCAGUCGUCACUCAUUUCAUCACACAGUAACUUUUCUGUCAAGUUUAUCACUGACUCCACUGUAAACACUGGCAGAUGGGCUGCUGCCUUUUCAUUUGAUUGUGAGGAAGCUUCAGUUAAUGACCCUCUUGUGAUCAACUCAACUGAGACCUAUUUCGGGGUUAUUGUGAAGUAUUCAUGUGUACCAGGAUUUACUCUUACUGGCUCGAAUCAAAGGACCUGCGGCAUGCUGGGUAAAUGGUUUCCUGCUCAGCUGCCAUCAUGCGAAAAAAUCAUCUGUGGAUCACCACCUAUUCCAGAGAAAGCUUAUUUGGUUCAUGUAGAUGGAAUCACAUUUGGCAGCAGAGCUAACUACAGUUGCCUGUUUGGCUACAGAUUAGUGGGCAGAGAAAUAGCUGAAUGUGGACAAAAUGGCUGGGAAAAUGUGCCUAAGUGUGAAGCUAUCCUUUGUCCAAAAGAAAGACCACCAAACAAUUCUAGAGCACUAGCUGAAGAUAUAAAGUAUGGGUACAUGCGAAACUACACUUGUAAUGAGGGAUUUCAUAUGAUAGGCAGGGAGUUCUCUCACUGUAAUCUUUCUGGACAGUGGAGCCAUGCAAGACCCAUUUGUAAUGUUUCACAGUGUGCCAAGCUGGAGAAAAUCUGUAAUGGUCAUGUGAACUCAACAUCAGCAGUUGCGGUGGGUCACUCCCUUCAGAUUUUCUGUGAUGAAGGUCAUCAGCCCAAUGGCUCUGAUCUACUCACCUGUUUACCAACUCUCCAAUAUGACAACCCAUUCCCAUCAUGCAUAGAUAUUGAUGAGUGCAAGAAUCCAGAUGCCUGUGGGGGUCACCUGUGCCAGAACUACCCAGGUGGGUUCAGCUGCAGGUGUGAUCAAGGCUACCAGCAUCCCCUGGACUCCACGCGUAACUGCAUUGAUAUAGAUGAAUGUAGCAUUGAUAAUGGUGGAUGUAGCCACACAUGCGUUAACUCCCCUGGCAGCUACCACUGUAAAUGUCCUUCUGGCUACCUUCUGUAUGAUGGCCCCUGGGACCAUAUUGGCAACAUGACGCUUCGUCCCAACAAGACCUGCGCAGUUACCUGUAAAGCUGUGGCCCUAGAGAGUGGUAUCAGUGUCCUGUACAGCCAGCAGAAGCUGUUCAAUGGUCAGUUACUCCAGGGGACUCAGGCCAGCAUCAUCUGCCCACAAGGCCACUUCCCCAGCCUCUCUACUAAGCUGAGUUGUACAUCAGACCAAAGCUGGUCACCACCUGCCCCUCUUUGCCUAGAGUCUGCAUGUGAACCUCCCCGCAAUAUAAGCAACGGUCAGACAGUUUUCUCUAUGCUUAAAGUGGGAAGUGAAGUAGACUACAUGUGUGACCAGGGGUAUAAACUUGUAGGCCCAAAGACUCGCUACUGUGUAGAAGAUAAAAACACAAAUCCUGAAAAAUUAACCUUCAUUUGGAGUGGAUCAGAACCUGUUUGUCAAAUUGUGAAAUGUCCGGCAUUGAAGUCACCAGAAAAUGGAGUGGUCAAUUAUACAAGCUCUGUAUACAACUCAGUGGCAGUGUUCAGGUGCCAGUGUGGCCACAGGCUCUAUGGAAGUUCUGUUUUAAGAUGUCUUCAAAACGGCCGGUGGGACUCACCUCCACCUACCUGUCAAAUCCAGUCGUGUCCACAUCCUGGAGUUUCCCAAUAUGUUAAUUUGUCCGAGUACUCACCUGGAUUUGCUGUUGGAACACAAGUCAGCUUUAUUUGUAAAGAUGGCUAUGCACUUUCAGACGAAAGCCAGCUUACGUGUGUCCCUAAGUUUGAAACAAAACAGUCCAUCUUGCAGCCUGUGGUGUAUUUGGCAGUGCAAGUAGAGCUAGUAAUCUUCAGAGACCAAUUUAUUUUAGUGAAUGCAUGUAGGUCUUCCUAUGGCGAAAAGAUGAUUGAGAUUAUCAACAGAGUCAGGGAAGAGGGGUUGAAACUGAAUGUAACGCACAGCUUAGAAAUUUCUAAAGCGGGGAGCGCCAUCUACAGUUUUGACAGAUUUAAUCCUACAAUGAACAUCACUGUGUCUCUGUCCCUCACCACUACAACCACAGAACCACUAGACCUGUGUGAGCAUGUCCAGAGAUUUGUCAGGUUUAUCCAGGAUGUGUCUCUGGGAAAGUUCCAGGGGGAGCUGGCUUUUACUCCAGUCAGCUGCCCGGAGGUCAGCUUUAAACCUCAGUCCUCCCUGACGGUGACCAGCUCAUUUGAUUGUCCUCUAGGACUCAGUUUGAACGGGAAGUCCUGUGAUGACAGUUCAAGGCCUGUCUGUAUGGAAGAUUGUAUUAUGCCUGCUGGAACAGGUGACUCCACUUACCAGGAGACACCGCUAAUCACCACAACAGUCCCUCCAACCUCACCUCUGUCAUCCACUACUGAAGAAAGUGGAUUUUAUUCGACAACAGCUUCUACUUUUUCAAGCUUCUUUGAAGUAACAGAUUCUACAACUGUUAAAGAUGACGUACCACCAACAGUGAACUACCAUACCAGCGUAAUAACAGAUCAGUACCAUACAACAACAGAACAUUACUAUAUAACAACAAUACAUACAACAGCUACAACUGAAUCCCAAACAUCCACAGAAUUCGGCUCAUAUAAUACAGACUAUUUACCCACAACCACUGGCAACACAAAAACAACAACAUCAACACCAAAUCCUGUGACAUCCACACCGAAAGCUGCAACAUCUUCACCAAAACCCUCAACAUCCUCACCAAAACCCUCAACAUCCUCACCAACACCUGCUACAUCCACGCUGAAAACUGCAACACCUACAGAAAAACCUGAGACUCCUACCCUGAAAUCCGUAACACCCACACCAAAACCAGCGACACCCUCAGUCAAACCAGAAACGCCCACACUAAAACCUGAUCCACCCACACCAAAACCAGAGACACCCACACCCAAACCUGAAAUACCCACAGCGAAACCUGAACCACCCACGUUUAAACCUAUGACACCCAGGCAAACAAUAACUGAACCAACCACACCCACACCUGUUACUGAAGCAACCACACCCUCCACAAUCACCCCCAGUCCCAACCCAACCAGACAUCUAAUGUCAGAAACCCCACUGUCUGUGAGCACCAACUUCAGCUCCACAUUCCCAAGUACAUCAACAUCCAAAGGACAGGACAGUGAACCCAUCAGUGCCACAGAUGACCAGUGGACAGGGAACAUAACAGACAACAUAAAAUCUUUCAACACCAGCUCGGACUGCACUGAGUUGAACUCAAGCUCAGAACACCAUGGCAACAAAUCUUCAGCCAACAGAGGUAAAAAUGCCAACAGGACAGAGUGCUUCAUAAAUCACACCAAAGAGAAACAAACUCAAGCGCAGGAGCCUACAUCAAUAGCUGUUAACUUGACCAUACCAUUCUACUUAGUGGAAGUUUCUGAUGGGAUGACUGGCAGUUUUUCAAACAACACCUGUCUGAACGCUGUUCACGUCAAUGUCAACAUUAAAGUCAACGAGCUGUUGAGGGAGUUUGGGAAUGAGAUGGGGAAUAUGGUGUGUGGGGCCGCCCCUGACGCCUCCCUGGAGUUGGUCUCUGGCAACAUCAAGUUUAAAGGAAGCACUGCAAAAAUUUACCUGAAGUUUCACAUCGUCUACCAAAACUCCAGCAGACAGCAGGUGGAACGGUGCGCGGAAGAGUUUGUACGAUUCACCUACUCCGAGCUGCAGAAAAAGUUCUUGAGUGUUGAGAGCAAGGUGCUGCCCUCGUUUUGCGAGUCUCUGAGCUACACAGGUGCGGAGUUCAAGUUUCCCUAUAAGGGCUGGAGCUGCCAUAGUGGUUACACACUGGAUGAUCUCCUCUUUAUGUGCCUGCAAGAGGUUUUGCCUCAGGUAUCCAGCACACCUGUAGCAAGUAUCCCUAGGGCUAACCUGACCUUUGUAGGUAACUUCAGCCCCCUGUUUCUGCAUGACAAACUGGACCAGCUGUGUGCCAGUGAGUACAAGGAAGGCCUGGUCCGAGCACUCACCCAAGUGGAGGCUUACAUACAACGACGCUACAUCCAGUGUGAUGGGAUCUACAUUGUGCUAGCUAAUGGUGUCAAAGUUACAGUCAAGGUCCAAAUGGUGAUCAUACAGAUCAUAGCACAUCUGUACGCCUUGAAGGAGGACAUCAGCAAACAGACGUUCAUCAACUGCACCAAGUUCUUGUCUAUAGAAAUGCGUGAUGUGUCACAACGCCUGCCGUCAUUAAACCUGACCAGAGAGCUGAUACCCAUCUGUACCCCUGUCAACCUCAAACACAACGAGCUCAGAUCUGACAUCAACUAUACCAAGUUUUACUGCACUGAGGACUAUUACUAUGAUGAAUUCAAUUUCAGAUGUAUACAAAAAAGCUUAGUAAUCUAUGCAACAAAUAUUGCUUUAAAUUUCUCUGGACAAAUUGAAGACAAGCCUUGUGAAAAUGUGAUCUUCAACUCAGCCCGACACUUGAAUAAUGAAAUUAUUUUAGGAAUAAAAGAUGGCAUGAUGAGAAAGGAGCUCUGUAACACAACGGAUGGUGUUUUAAUUUUACACAAAAAGGAAACUGUGGAAUUCGCAAGCCAAAUGGAAACACUGAACAUUGUGAGAGAGAUAAAUUAUGUUAUCUGUAUUAUUAUAUCCCUUAUCUCCACAGAUAACACUGAACAUCCUAUUUGUGUAACACUGAACCUCCCUCUGGUGUUGAUCAGCCUGAGAGACAGCAAUAACGACAGCAGGCAGUGCAUGCAGGAGCUGUUUCUCCACCUGGGCACAGCUUUAUCUGAUGCCACCAGCCACAUGGUGGACAGCGUGCUGGAAGACUGCGGCACCAGGUUGACAGCGCCGGCCAAGUUUGCUGUCACCAACCAUCAGUGGCUGUGCUUGUCCCAGUACUCGUUUGACAGGCAGACAAACAAAUGCAUUCCUUCCAGCUCACAGAAUUCUCAACAGCCAAAUGGAUCAGGAAAUGGUGGAAACAAAUUUGGCAGGUAUAAACGAGACGCAUCAGUUCUCGAGACAAAAUGGGCAAGGUGGAACAAGAGCAUACCAGCUUGCAUUGAUGUAGCCCCUCCUGUCUUCAACAACUGCCCGGACAAGCCUGUUGUGGUGCCACUAAAUAAUUUCACCCAGGUGCCCCGGUUUGUGCAACUGCCAACAGCCUCGGAUAACUCAGGUGUCCAGCCAACUAUAGUGUACACGCCCUCAGACUUCAAGCUGCCUUACCUAUUUACUAAGAAUACAACGCUGAUCAUUGAGGCAAUUGAUGAAGUAGGAAACAAAGCCACAUGUAAAAUAAAAUUCAUCAUUGAAGAUUUGGUGCCUCCCAUAAUAGAUUGUCCUGCUAAACCUCUAGAGAUCAUAGAUGAAGAGUCGAUGGAAGAACUUCCUCUCUCCUACAAGAAUCUAGGCAUCUCUGUAACAGAUAACAGUGGGGAGUACCAGGUCUCCUAUGAUCCACCAGAGGGUACCAUGCAACAAUCUAUGAGAAACAUUCAAGUGCUCAUGAAAGCUGUGGAUCCAAGUGGAAAUGUGGCCAGCUGUAAAUUUUUCCUGCACAUUCGGCCUAAAGACUGCCCAGAAUGGAGUUUGCCCAGCUCAUCUGAUGUACAAAAAGUCUGUGAAAAGAAAAACAAUCAAUGUGUAUGUCACGCGCAGUGUCCGCCUGGCAAAAAUUUACUGAAUAUCGGAAAGCCAAAAUCAGAAUUUGUUUGUGUCAGCCAUGGCCAAUGGAACUACAGUUCCCUUAAGUGUGCUGCCAGUGAUGAAUGCCCUCCAGGAACAUAUAAUUCUCAGGAUAGAUGCAAUGAGUGUCCCAUUGGCUCCUACCAGAGCCAGCCAUAUGCUACACAAUGCUCAGCUUGUGGUAAAGGCCUUACCACAGCAAUUCAAGGGACUAUCUAUAUAUAUGACUGCUUUGAACCCUGUGGUCCAAAUGAAUACUCACCAACUGGUUUGAAGCCAUGUUUACCUUGUCCUGUCAAUUUUUAUCAGCCAAACAAUCACUCCAAUUCAUGUGAGGAAUGUAAACAAUCUGAUAAAUGUGCUGAAGAGUUGUGUGUCCCUGGAACUUACAGCCUGAGUGGCAGAAAACCUUGCACAUUCUGCCCAGUAAACUACUACACAAGUACUUAUGGCAGCAGAACCUGCACUGAGUGCCCUGAAGAUAAAGUGACAGCAGAUAAAGGUGCUAGUAAAGAGAGUGAAUGUAAAGUAAAAAAACCGUGUGAUCAAAGUCCUUGCAAAGCUGGCACCUGUCAAACAAGAGGAAAAAGCUACACAUGCAAUUGUUUAGAAGGAUACAGUGGCACAAAUUGUGAAGCACCUCAGGAUGCCUGUUCUAGCCUGCCUUGUCAAAAUUCUGGGACCUGUAUUGUAGUUGGUCAAUCAUUUACCUGUAUCUGUAAAGAAGGUUAUACGGGACCAACCUGUUCAUUUGUGGUGGACCACUGUCAAAGUAAUCCCUGCAUCCACGGUGUGUGUUUAAAUGUGAAUAACAGUUUUAAAUGUAUAUGUUCUGCUGGAUAUGCUCCUGAGAGAUGUGAACAACGUGUGGAUGCAUGUUCCAGCACAUCACUGACAUGCCAUAAUGGUGGAACUUGUGUCAGGUCUGGGGACGAUGUUACAUGUCAAUGUAAUGCUUAUUUCACUGGCCCUUAUUGUGAGGACGAAUUAUCUUUUUGUGGAGUUAAUCAAUGCCUGAAUGGUGGCACUUGUGUAGAUGGUCCUGGCGACUUCAGUUGCUCAUGUUUGCCAGGCUUUACUGGUAAACUUUGCCACAUAAACAUAGAUGAGUGCACAAACUCAUCUUGUCACAAUGGAGGAACUUGUUUAGAUGUCGUAGGGACCUUCAGCUGCUUGUGUGCAACUGGCUACACCGGUUAUACCUGUGACCAGCAUCUUGACCCAUGUCAAUCAAGUCCGUGUCAGAAUCAAGGGUCAUGUAGAACUGGUGGUCAGAGCGCGUUUAUUUGUCAAUGCAAGCCAGGCUACACUGGAGAGAGAUGUGAACAGAACAUAGACAAAUGUAACCCCAUGCCCUGCAGUGUAAAUGGAACAGAAAGUUGCCUCAGCUACACAGAUUCCUUCAAGUGCAAUUGUUUGCCAGGCUGGAUAGGUCCUAAAUGUGAGACUCUCACAGACUCUUGUCAACUAAAUGAUCAUUCAUUGAAUCAAAUCUACGACUGGUGCAGCGUAAAUCCCUGUAGGAAUGAUGGGAUCUGCAGGCAAUCAGAGAGUGGCUUCAACUGUACAUGUCAGCCAGGGUACAGUGGGUUGUACUGUGAAAACAACACUGACAACUGCUUGAGUCAGCCUUGCCAGAACAAUGGGAGAUGUGUAGAUAUGGUUGAUGACUUUUAUUGUCGUUGUCCCUUGGGAUUUGCUGGCAAAAGCUGUCAGGUAGACAUUGAUGAGUGUCUCAGUUUUCCUUGCUUAAACAACGGUAUCUGUGCACAGGGAAUUUCUCAAUUUUAUUGUCAUUGUCCACCAGGGUAUACAGGUAAAAGUUGUGAAAAGCAGACAUUUGAUUGCCUAAGUAGUCCAUGCUUGAACAAGGGCAAGUGUAUAGCUGGUGACAACACCUUCCACUGCGAGUGUGCUGAGGGAUUCUUUGGAGAUCUCUGUGAGAACUAUUACACCUGCUCCAAUAGAUCCUUCUGCCUGAAUGGAGGGACGUGUCGGAGAGUAUCUUUCAGGGAUGUAUGCAGCUGCACACCCUACUUUACAGGGCCAGAUUGUGGGAAAGAAAAGUCUUCAGCCUUUGAUCUACACUUUAAAGGAGAAAAAAUGUCUGCAGUUUUAGCACCAACAAUCAUUGCAGAAAAUCUUACAGAGUUUACAGUCUGUCUGUGGAGUAAAGUCUUGUCUUCUGGAACCUUCUUACAGCUUGUUUCUGGCAAUAUCUCAAUCCUAACACUGAGAAGCUCUGAAGCUCUGUCUUCUCUCUUUGUGAGUGGCUGGACCAAAACAGUCAGCAAUGAUAGGCUGUGGCACCAUAUGUGCUGGACAUUCAACUCAUCCAUCUGGACACUCUUCAGUGAUGGGAAAAUAUUUUUAGUGGGAGAGGUCAAGAGAUGGGGGACCUACAACAGGCUAAAUCUGACACUGGGUCAGCAAGAGGCAGGAAGUGAUGAGGAGUGGUUCAAAGGUCAUCUCCAUGGUGUCAACAUAUACAGCACUGUGUUAAAUCCUGAUACCAUUCUACACAUGGCUAAGGACUGCACUGUGGAUUAUAUAAACAGUGACCUUUUCAACUGGGUGACAGCAGACUCUUAUUUAUCUGGUGCUAUUGAUGUUGUGAUGCCUUCAGUGUGUAACAGAAAUAUAUGUGAUACAGAGGACUGUCUUAUCACCAGCCACCAAGCAGACAAAACGCCCCCUCAGGUCACAUGGUGUCCAGGUACAAUUGUAGCUACCAACACAAAAAGUCCAGUGUCAGUUACAUGGGAGGAACCAACAUUUUCUGACAAUGUGGGUGUUGUCUCAGUUCUUCAAAACUUGCGAUCAGGCCAAUGCCUUGCAUAUGGACAUAACUUGGUUACUUACAUUGCCUUUGAUGGUAACAACAACUCAGCAGAAUGCAGCUUUGAAAUAUUUGUUAGAAAGCAAGAGUGUAUAGAUCCUCCCCCUCCCCUCAGUGGCAUUAGGGCAUGUUACACCUGGAAACACGGCAGGUACUGUGUCCCGUCAUGCCUGCCCAAGUAUCACUUUGUUGCUCCUAUACCAGCCUUCUAUCGCUGUGGACAAGAGGGCCUUUGGGAUCCAUCUAGUGGGGAGCCAUUUUCUUUCCCAGCUUGUGCUAGUGCACAUCCACCUGCUCUGGUGAUCAAAGGCUCUGUUAAAUUUGAGGGGCCAGAUUGUUCAGAGGAACAGAAAGCCAAACUAAAAACCUCUCUGGAAAAUAUUUUGGCCAGCAUGGACCAAAAAAUGUAUCAGUGUGGCCAGUCCUGCAGCAGUGUCAAGACCCUCAAUAUCAGCUGCGUCAGUGAGAACAGGAUCAGAAGGGAGGCUCAGGGUCUCGGUGCUGUGUAUAAUGUCACUAUUGCUGUCAGUUUAAUUGAAGGAAAUUUGACUAACCUAAACAGUAUGCCAGGAGAGAUAAUCCAAAAUAUCAAGAGUUACCCAAUGAACAAUUUUACAAUGACUUCAGAUAGUCUUGUCUUAUCACCUGACUGUAAUAGUGGCCAGGUUUUAUUGAACACUGACACGCCAGUUUGUGUUGAUUGUCCUGCUGGCUACUAUGUUCAGGACCCAGUGACCUGCAGCCGUUGUCCUAAAGGACAGUACAAUGACAAGCCCCUUCAGACAGCCUGCACACCAUGUCCAGAUGGUCAGAUAACCAGAGUAGAGGGCGCCACUAGUAUAUCCCAGUGUGAGAGUAUUUGUAUGGCAGGUAGCUUCAACACAGGUAAAUCUCAGUGUGACUCCUGCCCUGUGGGUCAGUAUCAAGAUGUGGCAGGACAGUGGUCAUGUAAACUGUGUCCAUCAGGAUUCACCACCAAAGUCCCAGGCGCCAAGUCUGAGGCUGAAUGUCAAGAUAUUUGUGGAGCAGGGCAACAGCUAGGUACAGAUGGAACAUGCACCUCCUGCACUGCUGGCACAUACAACGCCAAGCUUACUGCUGGUAGCUACUGCACACCUUGUAAACCUGGCUUUACUACAGAACUUGAGGGGGCAGUCAGUGAGAGCCAGUGUAAUAUAGUGAAAUGUCUGAAAGGCCACUACAAAAGCUUGAACGAUGUGACCUGCCACCCAUGCCCACUGGGCACAUACCAAACACAAGCGGGCGCAUCUUCCUGUGAGCCCUGCGGUAUCAACCUAACAACAGAGCAGGAGGGAGCAGACAGCAAGACCCAGUGUGUCCAAGGCAAGGUUAACGAGUGCGAGCUGAAAAUUGACACGUGUGAUCAGAACAAGGUGUGUCAAGAUCUGGACAAUGGCUACUUGUGUGAGUGCAAGCUGGGGAAAACAGACAGUGGUCAAUGUAUUGAUGUGUGUGAGUACUUCUGUAACUCAACCAAGGACUGCAGUGGUGUCAGUCAGGGCAUCAACUGUAACUGUGGUGUUGAGGUCUGCUUAAAAGCACAAAGUGGAAUUAAGACUGAAUCCAUUGUCAUAGGCAGCAUGACCUUGGCUGGGGUUGCUACUGUGUUGCUAUUUGUUAUUGUUGCUGUUUACAUUCUCAGGAAAACAAAACAAUUAAAAAUCAGAAAACGGAUAAGAAUCUACAGAGAGGAGACUGAACUGGCAGCCUUCACUAACCAGGCCUAUGACUCCUACCCUGCCAGGACUGAUGUGAUUAGAACGGAGUCACCCCACAUCCACCCUAGAAAUGAAACCGCCCACGUCCCUCAAAGAAACGAGUCUCCCCGCAUCCCUCUCCGACUGGCCACUAGGUGGCACAAGAAUUUCUUUGUUUCUGAUAACCCUUCCUUCAAGUCUGACACUGAGUCCACAGACUUGUAGAAGGCAUGCGGUGUGGAAUUCUAAGGGGAAUAACCAAGGAAAUAUAAAAAAAACAGAACAAGCCAAGAAGAGUUACAGGGAAUGGUAAACGAUAAAUUAACUUUUCAGAUUUAAACAUACCACAAGACUUCUGAUGAACAUGAGGAUUUUAAAAACAAAGUGGAUUUCUAAUGACUCUUAACAUCCAGCACUUUAUAUAAGGCUGGUCCACUAUUUGGUUAACAUGGUACCAGCCACACUGUUGCCUUGGAAACAUGUUGUUGUUGUUGACUAUUGUUUCAUUUGUUCUGCAUUUACAAAGUUUCUGUUCAGCUCUGUUAUGAACCCUGUGAUGUAUCAUACAUAUAUCUAUACAUUUUAUAGUGUUAUGGUCCUCUACCCCUGUGGCACACAUAGACUUAAAUAACUGGUACAUAAGAAAGAUUUUGUAGUGCUUGUUUGGUAUGUGUUGUUGUAUCCACUGUAUCCUUUGAUAUUUGUUGUUGUAUCCACUGUAUCCUUUGAUAUGUGUUGUUGUAUCCACUGUAUCGUUUGAUAUGUGUUGUUGUAUCCACUGUAUCCUUUGAUAUGUGUUGUUGUAUCCACUGUAUCCUUUGAUAUGUGUUGUUGUAUCCACUGUAUCCUUUGAUAUGUGUUGUUGUAUCCACUGUAUCCUUUGAUAUGUGUUGUUGUAUCCACUGUAUCGUUUGAUAUGUGUUGUUGUAUCCACUGUAUCCUUUGAUAUGUGAUGUUGUAUCCACUGUAUCGUUUGAUAUGUGUUGUUGUAUCCACUGUAUCCUUUGAUAUGUGAUGUUGUAUCCACUGUAUCGUUUGAUAUGUGUUGUUGUAUCCACUGUAUCGUUUGAUAUGUGUUGUUGUAUCCACUGUAUCCUUUGAUAUGUGUUGUUGUAUCCACUGUAUCCUUUGAUAUGUGUUGUAUCCACUAUAUCCUUUGAUAUGUGUUGUUGUAUCCACUGUAUCCUUUGAUUGUACUGAAUAGUUAUUGUCCUUAAUUCUUCUGAUUAUUUACCCUGAUUGUACAGAUUAUAUUUUUUUAUCCUACAGAUUAUAUGGCUUGAUAUUAAUGAUUAUAUAUCCUGAUAUGACUAAUUAUAUCCCUUGAUUCUACUUAUUAUAUCCCUUGAUUUUAAUGAUUUUUGACAUAUAUUACAUUGCGGUGAUUAUAUCCCUUUAUUCUUCCUAGUCUGUGUCCCUUGCUUACUUUGUUAAUUUCCCAAUUUUGACUUAAUGAAAUCAGUGCUAGUAAGAUUGUACAAUGGAAGCUUUUAUUUUAAUACAAAGAUUUUAACUUUUGUGUUAGAGUGCGUUUUUAUUAUUAGCAUGAGGUUUUUUGUUUAGCUAAGUUGUGUGCAUUCCUUUCUCUGAUAUAUAUUACUACUAUUUUUAGAUACUAUUUAAUUAUAAAUAUGGAUUAGAAAAUUAUUAUUGAAUUUAAAAUAUUUAUUUUGUGUUUUCAAAUGUUGAAAAUGUUGUCUUCCAAAUUAUCACUGGUUUUUCUUGUCAAAAAUGUUUUGAGAAAAUAUUUUAAAAAUCCGUGAUGUAACUGUUGAUUUUGUUUAAGUUAUCACAUGUUUGUUUACAUACUAUCCUGACAUACUUGUUUGUACAACAACCUGACAUUGCUGAACUUGUUUGUACAACAGCCUGACAUUGCUGAACUUGUUUGUACAACAGCCUGACAUUGCUGAACUUGUUUGUACAACAGCCUGACAUUGCUGAACUUGUUUGUACAACAGCCUGACAUUGCUGAACUUGUUUGUACAACAGCCUGACAUUGCUGAACUUGUUUGU